GUGUCACCUGCCUUUAACUACAGUUUGUAUGAACUACUAUUUUAAAGGACUAUAAAUGAGGACUUCAAUUUUGAAAUUCUUUGAUGCAAAUGUCCCGGAAAUACAGUCAGUGGGUUGGACUCACAACUUACACUGCAUUUCCAAGCGCACGCAGUGACGUGACUUACACAUGUGAGCGUGAGGAAAUGUGCCGCCGUUAGGAAAACACGAGGAGCAUUGAUUGAAUAUCAUCGGAUUCGCAAUGGCAACUGCAGAUGCUUUCAAAGUCGGCUCUUUGAAGGACAAAGUCACACUGAUCACAGGCGCGAGUUCGGGAAUAGGAGCUGGCACAGCGAUUCUGUUCGCUAAACUGGGUGCCCGGCUGGCACUGAAUGGACGCGAUGUGGAGAAUCUCACCAAAGUUGCAAAAGAGUGUGAAGAAUGUGGGGCAGUUAAACCUUUACUAGUGCCAGGAGACUUGACAGACGAGCACACGGUGAAGAGGACAGUUGAAGAGACCAUUGCUCACUUUGGAAAGCUGGAUGUCCUCAUCAACAGUGCAGGAAUCCUCGCUAUGGGCAGCAUAGAGACAACUGAUAUGGCCCAGUAUGAUAAGGUCAUGGCAGUUAAUGUCAGAUCAGUAUAUCAUCUGACUCACCUAUGUGUGCCACAUCUCAUCAAAACUAAAGGAUCAAUUGUGAAUGUGUCCAGUGUGAACGGGCAACGAUCAUUUCCUGGUGUACUUGCCUAUUGUAUGUCCAAAUCCGCAAUCGACCAGUUCACAUGCUGUGUUGCUCUUGAGUUAGCGUCAAAGCAAGUACGUGUCAACUCGGUAUGUCCAGGGGUAAUUAUUACAGAAGUUCACAAGCGUGCAGGACUGGAUGAUGACCAGUAUACUCAGUUCCUUGAGAAGUGCAAAGUGACUCAUGCUCUCGGCAGACCGGGUGAAGUUGAGGAAGUAGCUCAUGCUAUUGCCUUCUUGGCAUCUGAUGCUGCAACCUUUGUAACAGGUGUCAACCUUCCAGUGGACGGAGGUCGACAUGCUAUGUGUCCACGGUAGUGCUCUGCCACCGUGCCCCAGUUGUCAUAAAUAGUAAAGGGGUCAGUCCAGUCAAGUGGUCCAAUAAUUGUAAAGUUUGUUGCUUGACCAUUUUUAAUUUUCCUAUUUGUUUUUGAGUGAUUACCUCUAUGUAUUGGUAUUGCAAAACCACCAGUUUUUUUUAUUUUACUUGAUUUAACCACAAUGGCCAUCUUUGUGUCAUGGCACACGACAAAUUUUGAUUAUAAAGUGGUUUACGGAAACCUUAAUAUCUUGGCUCAGGAUGGUCUGAUCUCUAGAGUACAUUACAAGGUACAUGUACAUAUAUAAA